UGCCACCAGAUGUUGCUAAACGGUAAUCUACAGAAAGGGACACAUUAUUACCCAGCAGGCACUGCGGUGCGUACAGUAUUGAAGCAAGAUGGCAGCCGUUGUCGAGAAUGUUGUCAAACUGUUGGGAGAGCAGUACUACAGAGAUGCCAUGGAGCAAUGUCAUAACUACAACACUCGUCUCUGCGCCGAGAGGAGUGUGCGCAUGCCUUUCCUCGACUCGCAGACGGGCGUGGCUCAGAGCAACUGCUACAUUUGGAUGGAGAAGAGGCACAGGGGGCCUGGCAUGGCCCCUGGCCAGCUCUACACAUAUCCUUCCAGGAGGUGGAGGAAGAAGCGGCGAUGUCAUCCUCCAGAAGACCCCCGGCUCAUCUUCCCCCCUGUGAAGUCCGAGCUUGAUUUUGGCCUGAAGAAGGAGACGCUCUUGUCGUCAGAUAGCAGCAGCCUGGAGGCCCUGCUGAAGAGCGAAUCCCAGGAGAAACGGGCACCCGCAGAUCCCCGAGCAUCUGAGGAAGACCUCAACCUCAACGACUAUACCCCUGGCCUAAACCCUGCCACACGCAUCAGAAAGAAAAUCCUGGAGCCUGACGACUACCUGGAUGACCUAGACGACGAAGACUAUGAGGAAGACACGCCGAAGAGAAGAGGCAAAGGCAAGGGGAAGAGUCGAGUGGGCAGCAGCAGCAAGAAGAAGGUAGACGCGGCAGCCAUGGAGGACAGAGACAAGCCAUACGCUUGUGACAACACUAUCAAACAAAAGCAUAUUUCAAAACCUUCUGAAAAAGUUUGCGGGAAGCGCUACAAGAACCGUCCAGGUCUGAGCUACCACUACACCCACUCACACCUGGCUGACGAAGAGGGCGACGAAGCGGAAGAGAUGGAAGUCAGCGAGGCCCCGCCGCCGCCUCCUCCGCAGCCCAAAACUGUUAAGAAAGGCCCAGACGGCAUUGCCCUGCCCAACAACUACUGUGACUUCUGCCUGGGAGACUCCAAAACCAACCACAAGACGGGCCAGUCAGAAGAGCUGGUGUCUUGUUCCGACUGCGGACGCUCAGGACACCCAUCCUGUCUACAAUUCACACCCAUCAUGAUGGCCGCCGUCAAGACGUAUCGCUGGCAGUGCAUCGAGUGUAAGUGCUGCAACAAGUGCGGCACCUCUGAGAAUGACGAUCAAUUGCUCUUCUGUGAUGACUGUGAUCGAGGUUACCACAUGUACUGUCUCAACCCGCCCAUGUCUGAACCUCCUGAAGGGAGCUGGAGCUGCCAUCUCUGUCUGGACCUCCUCAAAGAUAAAGCAUCCAUUUAUCAGAUGCAGAUCACCCCACCCUCAUGAUGGCCACUCCUUCUGCGCACACUCGCACUUUGAGCUGCAUCAUCAGCGGUGAUGUGAGGAGCACACGGGUGUGUCCAGAGGGAGGGUGUGAUUGGUCCAAAGGGAAGUACACUUUACCACGCUGGCCUCAUGUCUUCUAAUAUGACUGUUACCACACCUGCAACUAUCACAUUAACUUUUGUACAAUUUAUAUAUAUUUCUAAAAUACACUUUAUUAGACUUGCCAUAAUGUCAUGCCAGUGGCCACAUGCUAAUAAUAGAUCUGACAGGCUUAUGAACAUGGCUCCAAAGGUGAAGAGUGACCAAAAUGAAAUGUUGCUUAGGAGCAAGUUUCAAAAGGAACUACAAACAUGGCACCAAAAGUACUAUCAUGUACUUUUUAUUAAAACAGGUAUUUAUUGACAGCAAUGGAAAAAUUACUAUAUAUAUAAUCAUAUACACACCUUUGCAAAGAGAACAAUAUGCUUACUGUUUGCAGGGGUGUCUAAGUGCACUGCACUAUGGUUAAAUAUGAAACAUUUCAGGAAAAGAUUGAGGGUAAAUGAGUCAUUAAUAUUUGGGGUCCCUAAAGUACACUCCUGACAUGUAAAGCCAGCCUCCUUGUUCAUGUAUGUUGAAGAUGUAUGCAUGCGCCAUUUUAGCUCCUCGUUGCUGUGUUCUAGCAGUUUGCUACUUUGUCACUUUCUUUCCAACUUAAUGCUGAGUGUUUGAGGAAACGGUGAUCGGACUUCCAUGUGUUCAGCGAUCAUGCACCUGUCAGAGCUUUGAAGUAGGGUUAGGCUAGAUUUCAGUCAUACUUGCAAAGCAGAGAAGUUUCUUGAAAAUGUUGGGAGAAAAGAUUGCUGCCUGCAAAAUGUAGUGAGUGUUUUGUUGAAAACUAUCAGCAUAGGUGACUGCUGGAAUGUCUCCUAGGAACAUAAAUAAAAUACUAAACACUGUAA